AUAACUGUGGUGUUCCAUGUACUGGUGCCCGGGGAGGUCUGUGCCCCUGUGGCCCUGGCUGAGCCCCGUCUUCUCCCCUCUCUCUUCUCCCUCUCCAGGUUCCCUGGUCCAGGCAGCGUUGACUCAGCUGCCCUCCGUGUCCACGACCCUGGGAGGAACCGUCCAGAUCACCUGCUCUGGGCUUAGCAGCAGCUAUAGUGCUGGCUGGUACCAGCAGAAGGUCCCUGGCACUGCCCCUGUCACUGUGAUCUAUGGUGACAACCGGAGACCCUCGAGCAUCCCUUCGCGAUUCUCCGGAACCCGAUCUGGCUCCACGAGCACGUUAACCACCACUGGGGUCCAAGCCGAGGAUGAGGCUGUCUAUUACUGUGGUGGCUACGACAGCAGCAGUGCUGAUAGAGGGUCCCUGGUCCAGGCAGAGCUGCCUCGGCUACUCUUGGUGUUAGUAAAUGUGGGACGAAGCCUCUGGAUUAUAUGUUCUGAGAACAGCUAUGAGUACGGCUGGUACCAGCAGAAGAUCCCUGGCACUGGCCCUGUCACUGUGAUCUACUACAACAACCAGAGACCCUCAGGCAUCCCUUCGCGAUUCUCCGGAACCCGAUCUGGCUCCACGGGCACGUUAACCAUCACUGGGGUCCAAGCUGAGGACGAGGCUGUCUAUUACUGUGGUAACUGGGACAGCAGCAGCAAUGCUAUAUUCGGCGCAGGGACCCAGUUGACGAUUUCAAACUUGCCCAGGUCGGCCCCUGAAGUCUCCUUGUUCCCACCAUCCUCUGAGCUGCUGGAGCAGAACAAAGCCACCUUGGUGUGUCUGAUCGAAAACUUCUACCCUCGCGAUGUGACCGUGGCCUGGCUGGCUGAUGGCAACACCAUCACUGACGGCGUGAGCACCAGCCAGCCCCAGUGGCAGAGCAACACCAAGUACAUGGCCAGCAGCUACCUGACGCUGACUCCUAGCCAGUGGCGGAGCAAAGAGACCUUCACCUGCAAGGUCACGCAUGCGGCUGGCAACGUGCAGAAGACCGUGAAGAGAAGCGAGUGCUCCUCCUAACCCUGCCGGGACAUCCCUCAGCCCCUCACUGGCCCUGGCCCCCUUCCUCACUGCUGGGGGCAGCGACCCCCUGCAGCACAGAUGUCUCUCAUCACGUCCCCCUGCCCCCGGCUCCUGUCCCCCUGCCCUCAGUGUCACAUGAAUAAACAUCAACACUGAACUAGC